AUGCUAAGAAGUAAGAACUUAUCAGUAUUUGGCACUGACUAUUUGAAAGAGGUGGAAGCCUGUACAAUUGAAGAAUGCAAUGAAAUAGAAAGCAUUAUUGAUGGUGGCAUAGCCAUUGGUGUCUCGUUUGAAUUCUUGCAAAAGCUACACCUAAUCAACCUCCCAAAACUGGUGAGUAUCUGCAAAGGCUCAAUUGACUCAACAAGCCUCACUAAACUCACAACUUUGACACUGAAAAGCUGUCCAAAGCUAAAAUGCCUUUUCCCAGGAGAUAUGGUCCAGCUACUCUGUCACUUGCAGGAUUUACUAGUUGAGGAUUGUUCUACGAUUAAAGAGAUCAUUGAAGAUGGAAUCAUAGUUCAAUCUGAGGCCCUUCCCAGAUUGAAGAAAAUGGAACUAUGCAACCUACCAAGAUUGUUUAGUGUAUGCGAGGAUGCCUCGUUUGAAUGGCCCUCUUUGGAGAUUAUGAAGAUCAAGACUUGUCCAGAGCUGAGGGAUUUAUCGUUCAGUGUUGAAAAUGCACCAAAAUUGAAAGUGAUUGAAUGCACUAUAAACUGGUGGAGCAAACUAAAUGACUUUGUUAAAGAUCGUCUAAAAGACCUUCACAGCUUUACUUGA